AUGGAUGCCGAUGAUUUAGAAGAAGCUCUCAAAAUAGCUAAAGGCAAAAAACGUAAAAUGCUAGAUCAUUACUUACAAAGUCGUCGAAUGCAACGUAGCAAUGAUGAUAUAAUCUUAAACAAUGAUGCGGCUCAGUCAUCGUUAUCUUUUCUACCACAUGUCAUGAACAAUGUUCCAUACGGAGUUUCUUUAUUAGAAUCUACAUUAUUUUUAGUACCGAUAUAUGAACAAAAUUCUGAUACUGAUUCGGAAUAUGAAUUAUUAAAAGUUGAAAAUGAUUCAUCAAUGAGAGAUGAAAUCAACAGUGGUACUGGAGAAAAUCUAGAAAUAGAUGACGAAAAUAUUAUCAGUAAUAACGUAGAGAGAAAAAGAAGCACAACGAAAAAAUUUAUAUGA